AUGUUUGAUCCCAAAGUUCUAGACAUCCCGGCAGUUAUCUUUGACAAUGGGUCUGGAUUAUGCAAGGCCGGUAUUGCUGGGGACAGUGCCCCAAGGUCAGUUAUCACAGCAAUAGUUGGUCGCUCGAAAGCCAAAGCCACCAUGCUUGGAGCUGGCCAGAAAGAAUUUUACAUUGGAGAAGAAGCCCAGAUGAAAAGGGGAGUAUUAUCAUUGAAUUAUCCCAUUGACCACGGCAUAGUGACAUCCUGGGAGGACAUGGAGAGAAUAUGGCGGCAUGUCUACGAGUGUGAGUUGAGGAUCAAAGCCAGUGACAGGCCAGUACUUCUGACGGAAGCCCCGCUGAAUCCUCUUCAGAAUCGGGAGAGAAUGACGGAGAUCAUGUUUGAAAGUUUCAAGGUGCCAGCUAUGUAUGUUGCUGUGCAGGCCACUCUGGCCCUCUACGCUUCAGCACGUACCACAGGGAUAGUAAUGGACAGUGGGGAUGGUGUUACUCAUACAGUCCCUAUCUACGAAGGCUAUUGUUUGUUGCAUGCUGUCUCCAGGUUGGACGUUGCUGGUAGGGAUAUCACCGAAUACUUCAUGAGGCUCCUUCUAGAGAGUGGGCAUUCCUUUGUCAGCACAGCUGAGAGAGAAAUUGUGAAAGACAUCAAAGAGAAGCUCUGCUAUGUGGCUCUGGACCCCAUCCAAGAAAUGAGGGGCAAAAUGGAAGAACUGCUGAGGGAGUAUAAAUUGCCUGAUGGCAAUAUCAUUAGGAUAGGCAGUCAACUCUUCCGAGCCCCAGAGACCCUUUUUGUACCUGCUAACAUUGGUGUUGAAGCUCCCGGCAUACACAAGAUGAUCUUCAACAGUAUUAUGAAAUGUGAUAUUGAUGUCCGCAAAGAUCUUUAUGGAAAUAUUCUGCUCUCCGGUGGAUCAACUCUGUUCCCGGGAUUGGAUGAGCGUAUCCUGAAGGAAAUGCAACUGCAGGUGCCAACUGGGAUAUCAGUGAGGAUUAUAGCACCGCCAGAGAGGAAGUACUGUGUAUGGAUUGGGGCCUCUAUUCUGACUUGCUUGACAUCUUUCAAACACAUGUGGGUCACUCUUGACGAUUAUAAAGAUUUUGGCCCAGGUGUAGUUCACCGGAAAUGUUUCUAA